CUAGAUAUAUACAUUUUUGAAGACCGAUAACCGAUAGGCAUUAUGUUGAUUUAAUAUCGAUGUCUAUGAAAGUGCAGUCUGUUUUCAUAACACAUUUUCCUUAGAAGUACAAUUCUGAAAUAAAACUUGAAAUGUCCUUAUCGCCGGCUAGUGGCAUUGGUCGCUUUUACAAGCACUCGGCCAAAAUAAUCCGAUUUGUGCGCCUCGGCUGUGCGAAUCGACCAUUCUAUCACAUUGUUGUUAUGGAGCGGCGUAAGAAUCAACAUCAGCCUGUCAUUGAGCAAGUUGGCUCCUACGAUCCAUUGCCCAAUGAGAACAAUGAACGUCUUGUGGCCCUCAACACGGAACGCAUUCGUUUCUGGUUGGGCAAAGGCGCUCACAUGUCCGAGCCGGCAGCCGAAUUGCUCGGCAUCUCAGGACUACUUCCCGUUCACCCUCGCACAUAUAUGAGCGCCUGGCGAAAUCGUAGAGCGGGAGCAGAGGCAGCAGCAGCAGCUGAGACCACUGAGAAAGUGGCCGAAACGGCGUAGUGUUGAAUUAUUUAACAUACAUAUAACUUAACAAUAAUAAAAGAGAUAGUCAUU